CUGACGACCAAACUGUUCUGCACCUCUAAACGAACCCAGCUGUAUUUCUGUCUACAAUGUACCCUAAUGAGCACCGUGCAUCUGCACGCACCCGCGGCUCAAAGACUAGAGGACGUUGGACAAAGUGGGUGUUGCGGGGGCGCGCACGUGGUGCAUGCUCUCCGUUAUAGUGGAGCGGCUGGUAAUAAGUGAAUGACCUUAUCGUGGCGGUGUAAUGCCUCAUCGGUGAGGGAUUGGGGGUUUGGAGAUAAUAAAGCUUGACUUCUCCUGUCUCUCGCCACUCAGUCGCUGACGCAUGGGGACGCCGGCCUGAUCCCGCACUCUCCCUGCAUGCUCCACGGCCGGCGGAUGGACACCUGUAGCUGGGUGGUAUCCUACAAACUGUUUGCUCGGAUCCAUGUGGAGCUCAUUAUUUCCAUCCUGAAGAUCAGUGCGGUGCCAUGAUUUCGGUUUGGUGAACUUUUUCUGCUCAAAGGGGAUCUGUAGCUAGAACCCACUGCUGGAGUUCAGGUUCUGCUUAACUUGCUGAGAAAGGUAUACAAAUGCUCUCCGUCCAGCCGGACACCAAGCCGAAAGGCUGUGCCGGCUGCAACCGGAAGAUCAAGGACCGCUACCUGCUGAAGGCCCUCGAUAAGUACUGGCAUGAAGACUGCCUCAAGUGUGCCUGCUGUGACUGCCGGUUGGGCGAGGUGGGCUCCACGCUCUACACCAAAGCCAACCUCAUCCUGUGCCGAAGAGACUACCUACGGACCACCAGGGCUGUUUGAAAAUGAAGAAACAUUUGUUGUAAAUAGCAUAGGUUUGUUU